CGAUGAUGGCAGCACUGAGAUUAUGCGCCGGUAUCGUGCUUUAGGCAAAGAGGCUUUUGAUAUCGUUCAACAGACAUUUCAACCUCCUCAAGAACCUGCUGCCCUUCGGGCCUUUUAUGAUUAUUCUACUAUAGACCCUCUCGAGAUGCAUCAACUAACUAAAGCAGUGGAGGCAGAUACAUGCAAGCCUAGGCCGCGUUAACGCGUGGCCUCCAAAA